CCAAACCAGCAGCAUCGACGAGCUUAAUAAUAAUAACGCCUAGAGAGCAGCGGCAGAGACCACCGCGGCGAGGCGAGGAGCAAAUGGCGAUUCGGCGGCUGCUGGUGGUGCUGCUGGUGGUGGUGGUGUUGCUGAUCGGCGUGCCGCCCAGAGGAUCGGAGGGGGCGUGGUGCGUGUGCAGGCCGGACGUCGCGGAGGCGGCGCUGCAGAAGGCGCUGGACUACGCGUGCGGGCACGGCGCGGACUGCGCCCCGGUGGCGCCGAGCGGGGCGUGCUACAGCCCCAACACGGUGGCGGCGCACUGCUCCUACGCCGCCAACAGCUACUUCCAGAGGAACGGCCAGGCCAGGGGCGCCACCUGCGACUUCGGCGGCGCCGCCACCCUCUCCUCCACUGACCCCAGCUCAGGAACCUGCAAAUACCCUGCAACCGCAAGUGCGGCAGGGACAAGCACCGGAACCGGCACGGUGGGUACAAGCACAGGCGCCGGUACGACCACGACCACGACCACCACUUCUCCGGGCUCUGCAACCGCUGCCACGGGCGGCACGCCCAUCAUGGGGGGGACCUUCGCCACGCCAAUCGGCGGCGCGUCUGGGCCGACGACGAGCGCCAUGAAUCCCGACGGCAACGAAGCACCGUCUCCGUCCCCUGGCCGCCUCCCUCUCCUGUGCAGCAUUGCCUCCUUGCUGCUCUCUUCCUCUCUCUUGGCGCGCUAGUGGUGUCUUUGCUUUACAUUACACCGGAAAGUAACGUGAGAUGGAGGACCAGAUCGACUACCAGUGUAGCACCUUUUAACCGUGGAGAUAUUUGGCUGUCCUUCCUUACUGAUUUUGGUGCUUUGUCACGGUCUGUUCUUUUUUCCUUUACCUGAACUGCAGUCCCUGUGUUGUUUUCAUAUGCUGUAGUGCUGUACCAGUGCUUACUGCCAGACUAGUGAACUGACCUGUUUUCAUCAUGUAUGUUAUAUCUCUCAU